AUCAAUAGCGCUUCGACCUUUCAGAAGAAGGAAAAUGUCAACCACGUCGCCCAUCGAUGCGCUUUCGAGUCCACCAGCGACUGCACCAAUGGCAAACGGUAGCAAAGAGCCCAACAAACCUUUCGAGAUCCGCGCUGAGCUGUUGGCAUCCACUCGAUUGGCCCCAAAGACUCAGCUACUUUAUCACACACGAUCGCUGUCGAUCCAAGUCAUCGCCCAUGAAGUUUUCCUGCUGAUCCUCGCGUGCACCAAGUGCUUUGCCGCUGCAAACAGAGAACCGCCUCUAAUCGGGAUUCUAGGAGGUGGCAAUGUCGGAACCACAGUCCUCAUGACGCUCUUGGCCAACGGAUACCGAGCUGACCGCAUGGCGUUGUCCACGCGUCAACCAGAUCGCAUCCCUCGAUGUGAAGCGCUGAAAGCUCCUUCAGCUCUGCCGAUGUUUCAGCUAGUGCCUCGAUACUACGACAACGCUCGUCUCGCUCGAGAGAGCGAUAUCUUGAUAUUGUGCAUGCCACCGUCACAGUUGAAGAGCGUAACUAUUCAAAUUCGACACGCACUGGCUGCAAACGCAGACGCCCCGCCACUUGUGGUCAGUGCGUUAUGUGGUGUCACUCAUCAUACUCUGAGCAAAGCCUGUGGGUCCCAAGCGGUCGUGCGAGUGCAGCCGGACGUGGUGAAGAUCGCGAGUCAAUGGCGCGUGGCGGAUCGAGAUCAACAGCCUCUAUCUCUUCGUCUAGCAGCUGAAGCAAUCGCACCGCAAAGAGAAGAUGUGCGAAACCUAGUAGAGGCGUUUUGCUUGCUUUGCCGUCGCGCGUGGGGAGAUGAAAUGAGCCCAGCUGUAUUAGGACACGUGCUCUUUGGCGACAAAAGUGCAAUGCACGUCGAAAACACCAAUGUCCCAUUGGUUGUAUCUAGCUGGCCAUUAGAAUGGGAACACGAUCUGACCGAUCUUCAGAAACAACUAGCGGUGCAUACUCUACAGCACUCAAAAUAA